AUGGCAUUGGGUGUAAGACAGUUCAUCAACGUUGCUGGAAUCGUUAAAGAUUUGAAAAGUUUCAAUUUCAGUCUCUAUGGUCGUUGGUUCGGAUACAUCAACAUCUUUCUAUGCAUUGCCCUUGGAAUCGCCAACUUGUUCCACGUCAGCGCAGUGAUCGCAUUUGGAAUUGUUGCCAUCGUGCAAGGAUUGAUCAUUCUAUUUGUGGAAAUUCCCUUCCUACUCAAGAUCUGCCCACUAAGCGAUAAUUUCAUCGAAUUCAUCAAGAGGUUUGAAACCAAUGGUUACCGUACUUUAUUCUAUGUUGUAAUGGCAGUGAUUCAAUGGUGUUCCAUAGCCGUCCAGGCCACUUCCCUUAUCGUCGUAGCAGUCGGACUAACUAUCAGCGCGUGUUCCUACGCGGUCGCACUGACAAAACACCAGGAAUUCCAAAACACACAUAUACUCAAGGACCCCACAAGCGACGACUUCCCACACGAAGCAGUGGUAAGAGAAAUGCUGUGA